UCUUCUCGAGUUCCUUUUUAACUGAAUCUCGAUGGGGAAAGGAGGGGAAGAUUAUGGGAAACGUGAUGAUAGUGGAUCGAGAUCCCCUGACAAGGAGAUCUUCCCGGCUUGGGCCAAAGACGUCGACCAGUGCCUGAAGGAGUACAAGGUCGACAAAGACGUUGGCUUGACUUCGGAUAGGGUCGCGGAGCAGCGUCAGAUCUACGGCUUGAAUGAGUUGGAGGAGCAUGGGGGUCCUUCCAUCUGGUCUCUCAUUCUCGAACAGUUCAACGACACCCUUGUGCGGAUUCUACUCUCCGCUGCCGUUAUUUCCUUCGUCCUCGCUUGGUACGAUGGGGAUGAGGGGGGCGAGAUGGAACUUACGGCGUUCGUCGAGCCUAUUGUGAUCUUCCUGAUCCUGAUUUUAAACGCCGCAGUUGGAGUCUGGCAGGAGAACAACGCUGAGAAAGCACUGGAAGCCCUGAAGGAAAUUCAAUCUGAGCAUGCCACGGUGAUUCGCGAAGGGAAACGGAUUGCCGAUCUACCUGCAAAGGACCUUGUCCCGGGUGAUAUUGUUGUGCUUAGGGUGGGCGACAAGGUUCCUGCUGAUAUGCGUGUUUUGAGUCUGAUAAGCUCCACGUUGAGGAUCGAGCAGGGGUCAUUGACGGGAGAGAGUGAAGCUGUUAACAAGACCACUAAGGUGGUCCCCGAAGACACGGACAUUCAGGGGAAAAGGUGUAUGAUUUUUGCUGGCACAACGGUUGUGAAUGGGAAUUGUAUCUGCUUGGUCACCCAGACUGGUAUGAACACAGAAAUCGGGAAAGUUCAUUCCCAGAUUCACUCUGCCUCGCAGAAUGAUGAAGAUACCCCAUUGAAGAAGAAGCUUAAUGAAUUCGGAGAGGUCCUUACUAUCAUUAUUGGUGUUAUUUGUGCUCUGGUUUGGCUCAUCAAUGUGAAAUACUUCUUCACUUGGGAUUAUGUGGAUGGUUGGCCUACCAAUUUUAAGUUCUCUUUCGAGAAGUGCGCAUACUACUUUGAGAUCGCAGUGGCAUUGGCUGUUGCUGCUAUUCCUGAAGGAUUACCGGCAGUUAUCACUACUUGUCUGGCUCUUGGUACACGGAAGAUGGCACAGAAGAAUGCGCUUGUGAGGAAGUUGCCAAGUGUUGAAACACUAGGCUGUACAACUGUGAUUUGCUCUGAUAAAACAGGUACAUUGACCACCAAUCAGAUGGCUGUGGCAAAGCUUGUAGCAAUGGGGCCUGGUGCGGAUACAACCAGGACCUUCAACGUGGAAGGGACCACAUACAACCCUCUUGAUGGGAGGAUUCAUGACUGGACAACUGGUGUUAUGGACGCAAAUCUUCAAACAAUUGCGACGAUUGCUGCUGUCUGCAAUGAUGCAGGUGUUGCACAAUCUGGAAAUCACUAUGUGGCAACUGGCUUACCCACUGAGGCAGCACUGAAGGUUAUGGUUGAGAAGAUGGGGCUUCCUGAACAGUUUGCUGACUCAUCUCGUGGUUCUGCUGAUGUGCUACGUUGUUGUCAACAAUGGAGUAACAUUGAACGUCGUAUUGCAACUCUUGAGUUUGACCAUGAUCGCAAGUCCAUGGGAGUUAUUGUGAAAUCAGCUACAGGAAGGAAUUCAUUACUUGUGAAGGGUGCAGUAGAAAAUUUAUUGGAAAGGAGCUCCUCUGUUCAGUUGCUUGAUGGCUCUGUGGUAGAAAUGGAUCAAAGUUCGAGAGAUCUUAUUAUGCGGUCCCUUCAUGAAAUGUCCACAGCUGCAUUGCGUUGUCUGGGUUUUGCUUACAAGAAGGAUAUUGCUGAGUUUGCAACAUAUGAUGGUGAUGAAGAUCAUCCAGCUCAUGAACUCUUACUUAAUCCAUCCAAUUAUUCAUCAAUUGAGAGUGAUCUCAUUUUUGUUGGCUUGGUGGGACUGAGGGAUCCUCCUCGAGAAGAGGUUCACCAAGCAAUUGAAGAUUGCAGAGCUGCUGGCAUCCGCGUUAUGGUUAUUACAGGGGAUAACAAAAAUACCGCAGAAGCAAUUUGUCAUGAAAUUGGUGUCUUUGGACCUAAAGAGGACAUUAGCUCGAAAAGCUUAACUGGAAGAGAAUUUAUGGAUCUUCAUGAUCAGAAAUCCUAUUUGAGGCAAAGUGGUGGCCUUCUUGUCUCUAGGGCUGAGCCACGGCAUAAACAAGAGAUUGUGAGGUUGCUCAAAGAAGAUGGGGAGGUGGUUGCAAUGACUGGGGAUGGGGUGAAUGAUGCCCCUGCUCUGAAAUUAGCUGAUAUUGGGAUUGCCAUGGGCAUAGCUGGAACUGAGGUUGCAAAGGAAGCUUCUGACAUGGUGUUAUCAGAUGAUAAUUUCAGUACAAUAGUUGCUGCUGUUGGUGAAGGCAGAUCUAUUUAUAACAACAUGAAGGCAUUCAUCAGGUACAUGAUCUCCUCAAAUAUGGGUGAGGUUGCCUCCAUAUUUCUUACAGCAGCUUUAGGUAUUCCAGAAGGCCUGAUCCCCGUUCAGCUCUUGUGGGUCAAUCUUGUUACUGAUGGCCCUCCUGCAACGGCCCUGGGAUUCAAUCCACCUGACACUGAUAUAAUGAAGCAACCUCCUAGAAGAAGCAAUGACUCAUUGAUCAGUGCUUGGAUUUUAUUUCGUUACCUGGUCAUUGGGCUCUAUGUAGGACUAGCGACUGUGGGUGUCUUCAUUAUAUGGUAUACACAUGGCUCCUUCAUGGGCAUUGACCUGAGCAAGGAUGGCCACACACUUGUCACCUAUUCUCAGCUUUCCAACUGGGGUCAGUGCUCUUCUUGGGAAGGGUUUACAGUUUCCAACUUCACAGCUGGGGCUCGGGUGUUCUCCUUUGAUAGCAACCCUUGUGAUUACUUCCAGGCCGGCAAAGUGAAAGCCAUGACCCUCUCCCUGUCUGUUUUGGUGGCGAUUGAAAUGUUCAACUCCCUCAAUGCCUUAUCUGAGGAUGGGAGCCUCUUGACAAUGCCCCCCUGGGUCAAUCCAUGGCUCCUGCUGGCAAUGUCUGUCUCCUUCGGCUUGCAUUUCUUGAUCCUGUAUGUACCAUUCCUUGCACAAGUAUUCGGCAUUGUGCCUCUCAGCGUCAAUGAGUGGCUGUUAGUGCUGGCUGUUGCAUUACCAGUUAUACUGAUUGAUGAGGUCCUCAAGUUUGUGGGGAGAUGUAUGCAUGGACCCAGCAGCAGAUCUGCUGCCAGUAAAAUAAAAAAGUCAAAGGCAGAGUGAGGUGUGAGGCUCUUGCUGCUGAUGGGGCAUCUGAUAUCCAAUAGUUGCAAAUCAUACAUGGUGUUCCCUCUGCCAGUUGCAUUUCCAAUUAACCAAAAUUCCUGGUCUCCUCACCCUCAUCCUUUAUUGUACUGAGGACUGGUUUGGAAAUUGAAGAUCUAGGUAUAUUGCAAAGGAUGAUAUGGGACUUGAUUAAAGAAUUUGAAGAGCCCCAACUUUACGUGUACUUUUGUUGUUGCUUUUUCUUCUUUUCUUAUUCUUCCCAUAACAAAUUUUUUGUUCUUCAAGAAGUCGCUUUGGAUGUUUCCUAGAAGGCUAUAGAUGCCAAUAAUGUGCAGAGAUUUGAAGAUAACCCAAAUGUUAACACAUUACAAUGUUUAGUGAUGGGACUCGAUCCUUU